AUGGGAUAUAGCCAAUUUGUAGUUGAGAUGAAGAAGAAUAGUUUCAAUUUCAUUCUGUUGUGCUUGAUUUUCUACGUCUUACUAUUUUACCGAGGGCCAUUUGAGAACCAAGUGGAAGGCGUUCAGCCGCCCUUGGAAGGAAAACCCGAUGGAAGGAGGCUGUUUGUGAACACUUCGCAGUGCCAGAUGAUUGCCAUGGAUCCCCUGUCGCCCAUUGCGGUCCAUCAUAUGACACCGAUGCCCAUAUAUUGGUGCUACAUGAUCAAGCUGCUGGAGGCCACAACGAUUGGAGGUAGGAAUUACCUGAAAUUGGCCGCCAGUGCGAAACAACUUUGGCAGAAGCUCGGAGUUCGGAGGUUAAGUGAAAUCACCUGCGCAUACAAUCGCUUUGUGCGCCUAACCGACUUUCUCAACAAGUACAAGGAAUCGAAAGUCUUUCGCUUUAGCAGGCUCAGUAAUGCCACCGAAGUGAAGUCGGGUAAUAUAACCCUGCGUGUUUGGUGCUGGAUGGACUUUGGCCGUCUCGUUUAUCACGAUGUUCUGAUAUUCCUGCCAUUGAAGGAGGAUCAAAUGGGAAAGACUCCUAGUUCGGAAGAGCCCGUAAAGCGACUUUCCGUUAUGAUCCUGGGUAUCGAUUCUAUAUCGCACAUGCACUACCGCCGUUAUUUCACUCGAGUAAUGGACUUUGUGGAUCGCCUGCCUCACGCAGAGAUGUUUGGCUACAAUCGCGUUGGGCAAAACUCUUAUCCCAAUGUGGUGCCCCUUUUAAGUGGUCAGAGUGUCGAGGAGGUGGAAUCGCGAAGAGGUUGCUUUGGGGCAAACAACCAGACAAACUUCGACAAGUGUCGCCUGCUGUGGAACGAUUUUAAGGCAGCUGGUUAUGCCACCAUUUUGGGCGAGGAUUCCCGCAUAGGGGCCACCUUCAAUUAUGCAAGGCCCGGCUUUGGGCGUAAACCCACAGAUUUCUACUUGCGAAACGUUAUGAACGAGAUCCACACGUGGACCAAAUAUUCAGCCAGAGGUCCCAGCGAGAUAACCUGCUCUGGCGAUCGGGUAUACCAUCAUGUUCUGUACGACUUCAUCUACCGUUUGUUCCCUCACUUGCAGGCAAGAUGUUGGGAUCGCGGUUUCUUUGCCUUUUUUUGGCAAUCGAUGGGAGUUCACGAUUAUUUUCAGUAUGGCGAACAGACGGAUUUGCAAUAUUACUUUAUUCUGCGCGCCUUAAGAAGUCGAAAGAUCCUUGAUAGAACCUUGGUGGUGCUUCUAUCCGACCAUGGCCUGCGAUAUGGUUCGUUUGCGAGAACAUUUCAGGGCAUGAGGGAGAGUUCGCUGCCAACAAUGGUGGCCAUAUAUCCGCGUUGGCUGGAAGAAAGAUUUCCACUGGCUGUAAAGAAUCUUAGAGCCAACGCUCGUCGAUUGGUUACCGCGUACGAUCUGCAUGAAACUCUGAAGGAUGUGGUUGAUCUGGAAAACCUCAGCGACGAGAGUAUUCAAAACAGAACCGAGAGACUACGAAAUGAUUACAAUGUCUCCCUAUUUCUGCCCAUUCCUGAGGAGCGAAGCUGUUUCUCCUCCCGCAUUCCGCUGCACUACUGCGAGUGCGAUGGAUUCAUCAAGAUACCCUGGAAUGUGCGAAGAAUCCGGAGGAUCGCCCAGUUUGCCGUCGAGAGCCUUAAUAAACUACUGCUACCCUAUAAACAGUGUCAUCAGCUGGAACUUCUAAUAGUGGAGGACGCCUAUCUGAGGAAACAGCAAAAUGUCAGCGAAGCCAUCACUGUUCGUAUGGUGACUAAACCAGGAAAUGGCCACUUUGAUGCCACCGUUCUCGCCAAAAAUGACAGUUCACUUCAGGGGGCCAUCACACGAACUGAUCAAUACAGACAUCAGUCAUUUUGUGCCCGCGAAGAGCCCAUCGAAAUCUAUUGCUACUGUUCUUAA